UUUGAUUCGGCCUCCUCUGGCACCGUUGACAUUUCGGAGAGAAACGAUCCUCCUCUGAAGUUCCUGGGGGGAGAGCUAAGGGAUCCGGGCGAACCGCGGGAGAGGGGCCAGGAUUUACUCAUCAUUCACCCAGAGGGCCGGUGACACAAGGUGCCGCGCGGAAAACCAAGGUCUCCACCGCCCGAGAACGUCAGAAAAUAAAGAAAAUGGCGGAGCCGGACAAAUUGAACAUCGACUCUAUAAUUCAGCGUCUCUUGGAAGUCAAGGGCUCUCGGCCAGGGAAGAAUGUUCAACUGUCAGAAACAGAGAUCCGUGGCCUUUGCCUCAAAUCCCGUGAAAUCUUCCUGAGUCAGCCAAUCCUGCUUGAACUAGAGGCUCCCCUCAAAAUCUGUGGUGAUGUCCAUGGUCAGUACUAUGAUCUGCUCCGACUCUUUGAAUAUGGAGGCUUCCCCCCAGAAAGCAACUACUUGUUUCUGGGUGACUAUGUAGACAGAGGGAAGCAAUCACUGGAGACUAUAUGCCUGCUUCUAGCGUACAAGAUUAAAUAUCCAGAGAACUUUUUCCUGCUGCGCGGCAAUCAUGAAUGCGCUUCUAUAAAUCGAAUCUACGGCUUCUACGAUGAGUGUAAGCGACGGUAUAACAUUAAGCUGUGGAAGACCUUCACAGAUUGCUUCAACUGUUUACCUGUGGCUGCCAUUGUAGAUGAGAAAAUCUUCUGCUGUCAUGGAGGUCUCUCUCCUGAUCUCCAGUCGAUGGAGCAGAUCCGAAGAGUAAUGCGACCCACAGACGUGCCCGACCAGGGUCUUCUGUGUGACCUGCUGUGGGCCGAUCCAGACAAAGAUGUGCUGGGCUGGGGGGAAAACGACCGCGGGGUCUCCUUCACGUUUGGGGCAGAUGUGGUGGCCAAAUUUUUGCACAAACACGACAUGGACCUAAUAUGCAGGGCACAUCAGGUCGUGGAAGACGGUUAUGAGUUUUUCGCGAAGAGGCAGCUCGUCACCUUAUUCUCGGCUCCCAACUACUGUGGAGAGUUUGACAACGCUGGUGCCAUGAUGAGUGUGGAUGAAACGCUCAUGUGCUCCUUCCAGAUUCUGAAACCAGCAGAUAAGAAAUUGUAUCCUUAUGGCGGAGGGGGAGGAAUGGGAUCUGGGAGACCGGUCACUCCGCCGCGAAAUUCAGCCAAGGCCGCCAAGGCCAAGAAAUAACACCCACUGGGUUCACCUCCAACAACCUGCCAACCCCUGUCGGCCCAAUGGUCUUUUUUUCCCCCUCUACCUCCCUAACUUGUUUCUCCCUCGUCACCAAACAGCAACAAAAGCAAACAAGUGUCCAGGGUUCAAUCAUAUUCCUUCUCUCUAAAACUAUUUUUAACAGUUUGUUUGGCUGUCUGCGUGUUAUUCCUUAUGUGCAAAUGUGUAUAAAAAGUGUGACUGAUACAGAAGUAAUUUCUAUAUUCUGUAUAUGCGUUAUUAUAAUUUUUUUUUUCCUUCAGUAGGCUGCCCUCUGUUGUUUCCUGUCAUUUUGUAGAGGUUGGUUGGAGCCUAUCUAUGAUGUAAAUUCAAACCUGGGUGCAGGGGGAGAGGAAGGGGCACUAGAAAUGAGCCUUGGCUGUUUAUGUUAGGGCCCUGCACUGUUUAAUGCUAAACACAAGCUUUUGUACAUCCUGUUUCCGAGGUCUGUGUGUGUCUAUGUGAUGGGGUUGGGCAGGGAGGGCACAUGGGCGGUCACGUUCAGUGGGAGGGGUCAAACAGAUACGGCACAUACAACACACUGGGUGCACCGGGGGAAAUAUGUGCAAGUGAAUCCAUGAGACAUGUUUUUUUUUUUUUUUUUCUUUUAGAAAACUGAUUUAAGAAUAGUCAUGGAUGUGAAAUGGUUUUGCUUCUGUUGUAGAUAUAUGAAACCAACUUGGUUUAAUUCUUUUUCUUCUUCUUCUUCUUUGGUUUUUAGUUCACUGAAAGUUAAGAUGAAUAAAAACAACCAUUUAUUUUAAUUAUGCCACCACGCUGAUCACUUUGUGUUCGCCAUUGCUUCGAAGGUCGAAUGUGUCAUUGUUGGCCCCAGUUUGCCUGCAGUUGAAACAAAAGGGCAAUUCACGUGUUUAGAAACCUGAGGAAGAUACAGAAGCUCCGUCACUGAGCUGCUGUUGCUGCUAAUUGCCUCGUAAAUACCAUGUGAAACCUGACAGCUCUCAGUUAAUUGGUAUUUAUUCUGCUCUGAUCUUAAACAUAGUGCUGUAUGCUCCUGGGGAGAAAAUGGCUUAAAGCUUCUUCAUACAUUCAGUUAUGAUCAGGAGUUUUCAAAAGGAGAUGAGCUGGUGGAUCAUUUUCAGUCAAGUCCUCUUCAUUUGAAUCCAGGCAAAAAAAUGCGCCUGUUUAACCAUGAAGCCAAAGCAAACCAUGCAUUGAUUGAUACAACAAAGGGAAGACCGUGGUAGACACAGCCCUUUAAAUCUGAUGCAGAAUCUGAGCACAAAAUAUUACUGAAGACCAACAUGAUGAUUUAACAAAAAACAUCAUGUGCAGCAAAUCCCCCUCUGAAUGUAUCUCAAAGUUUUGGCUUCAGUGCCAGAUGAUUCCCAGACAAAAAGCGUCUGCUGCUCAGCAAUUACAUAAGAGAGAUGUUGCUCUGUAAAAUCCUCACUUUUCACAGCACCGCUCUCUUUCGGCAGCUCACACGCAAACAGAUCAGUUACACUCAGAGACAACCGAACCCUCAGACAUCAGCUUCCUUGUUGCAAUGCGGAUUCGAGAAAAUCUUUUUAUGUAAGUUAAUAUAAGCUAUUUCUCUCCAUCGCUUCAUGGCACGUUCUCCAUUUUGCACCCCCCUUUAACUUCAGCUGGUGUACAGGGUUUCCCCAGUGAAAGCAGUCCAUGGGUCAGCACAGGCUGUGGCAACUGGUGGGAAAAAAAAACGUGUUUCAGGGUCUCUCACUGCUCAAAACCCCAAAACACCCCCCCUCCUCCUCCCAUCAUUGCAUAAUUGCUGUGUCUUGUUUUACUUGCCUGCUGUCUGUCCUCACUCUUCAGCCCUCUGUCCAAGUGUAAACACAGACUCACAGCUCUGCAGAUUGCUAAACCAGUAAAUGUUGGACAGGCUGAGAGUAGUGCACACUUGAGCCAGGGGUUUUGAAGAUGCUCCGGCUUCACCUUCAUUUUCCGUGCCAGACAUUUUCACCUCAGUACCUCAGAAACUAAAUUUUUUUGUUUUCUCUUCUUAAUGAAACUAUUGUAAGUAAUGUAAUUAAUUUACAAAGUAAGGAAUCCUGCUGUGCUUUCUAACACAUAGUUAACACUCAAUGCUGCGUCGGUUGUUGUGUCGGGUGGGGCAGGUGAAGACAACAUUAUUGGAAAUCGUAAUCAAUUUGCCUCCAGUUAGAUCAACUCAGGAAGUGAUAUUGACAUGAGAAUGAAGUUCAGUGGUGAGAGUUCACUAAAGUAUGAAAACGACAUGCUUAAAACACCAGUAUCACAGAUUGUGUACAAGUCAGAUGAUUGCAGAUUUGAAAAUGAAUGAAAAAUGAAUUAAAAUGAGCGGAGCCCAGUCUUCACACGCUGGCUAACCUUCACAGUGA